CAUAAACUGACUUGACACUGACAUAUAUAAGUCAGUGUAUUUUGUGAAUUGUUUAUCAUGUUUUUGUGAAUCUUUAUUGUAUUAUUUAAUGUAGUUUAUUUUAUAGAGAGCAAGAUGUUUGACGCGCAAGAUGAUGACGAAGACGAUUUCAACACGCCAUAUAGUGAUGGCCACUGGGAAUGGAGCGAUAAAGAGAAAAUACUCAUAUUUCUAAGCAACCAAACUAGAACAGAUGAAGACUUUCAAAGCCAUACUACUGCUGUAUAUAAAAAUGGACCGGUCGAAUUCAGUGAUGAUUUAGACCUAUUAGAACAACAAAGAUUCAGAAAACGUUAUCAAAGAAAAUAUGAAGGUGAAGAUGACGUUAUAAUUCUUCAGGAUAUAAAAGACGUUGUGCUAUUUACAGCACCUACAUGUAUCUUGAAUAACACGAUAAUAAAGAUACUUCAUCUACAAUCUUGUGAGCGAUUUAUCAGAGCUUUGAUUCUAUAUUGCCAAUAUUUUCUCCAGGUGUCAGAUAUUAUGAAUAAUCGGUUAAUUGAAGCAGAAAGCAAAGUUCGCACUGGUGUCAGUUUGAGCGUGGAAAUCAGCUAUCGUAACAAUUUAGAGGACUUACGUUUGUUAGUCGCUAAAGAAUACUGUAACUUCAUUCUAGGUGCUCAAGAUUACAAGCCAUUCCACCAUAUGGGAACGGAUAAGAAAUCUAAGUCGUUGUCUAACAAGGAAGCAUUCAUAUUUGAAUCCCUUAUUAGUAUAUUCGUACAAAUAAUAUGGAUAGCACUAGGACGUAGAGCAUUUAACACGAUAGAACUGGAAGUACACCGAAUAUUUAAGUCGCAAUGCUUUAAUUUAAUAGAGCACAGGCGAAAGACGAAAAACCUUUUCAAAAUGUUACACCAAGAAAAGCUCAUAUUGCUAGGUCACUGUGUCCAACAUAAGAAGAAAUUGCUAGCGCAGUCUCCAUUAUUGAACGAGGUUGGCUGUCACCGCCCAAUAGAUUUCCGCCUCCUUGGUCUGGGUUAUGUUAAAAUUGAUUGUUUAACAUCUCGACAGUUGUACUUGGAGAGAGUAUUAACUACAAGCGAAACCGCGUUCAAAGAUAAAGGGCUGACGUUGGGAAUAAUAGGCUUACCUCGUUCACGAUUUGACACCAUGUUAAUGGAGGUCAAAGGAGUCGUAUCAACUGCGUCAUCAGCCAGCAGAAGUUCUAGAUCAUUUUCCCGAACCGGCAGUCUACGUAAAAGCGUAGUAGCUGCUAGUACUGCGAGUUCGUUUCAAAAGAUAUUCAAUGACAUUGUAUUGCCCGAGAAAACAAUAGACAAAAAAUGGUUGCCCGAUUCAUUUCCAUUGGAGAGUCCGUCUAUAAAAACGUGCAAACAGACGCAAAGAGAUAAGUGGUUAGCCCGGCAGUCGCAGCUUUCAAAGAAGUAUAAUUUCCCUACUAAGAAGCGCCAGUAGCCUAGACAAUCGAAAAAUUGUCAUGUUGAUCACCCAAUCUGUACUGGAACUGGAACACCAGUUAAAAGUAGUUUGAAGAAAAUAAUCGUAUACCUCACUAUCCGUUAUUCUUAUUUUGAUUUGAAUCGUAACGUCUCAUUUAAACGAUCCGUGGCUCUCGACAAAAAUGUUUUUUUUACAAAAAACUGAUUAAACUUGAUUAAACUUG